CCCCCUUCUCUUUCCCACGAUUCUCUCCUCUCGCCUCACUCAAUACUGCAGGCGUAGCAUCCUCCGCGGAGAGGGACUGCUUCCGGUCCCGUCCGUCCGAUCGUCGCGACUGGGCGAGUGUGUUAAUUCCUCCUCAAGAGCACGGUCUCCCGGCAUUCGUAUGACCUGAGAGACACCGUGCGCGCUCUUCUUCCUCCGCCGCCGCCGCCGCCGCUGUCUCAAUUCCCACGUCGUUUACGUGUGUGUUAAGUCUGUUUCGGCUCUGUCCCAAAUCUCAAAGUUCUACUUCGUUGAAUCUCCGCCGUUGGAUCGUUUAUUUGUUGAAUCUCAUCGUCCGAAAAAAUCUCCCUUCUCAAUCUAUUUUUUCGCAUUAUUUGUUUGCUGAAUUAUUAUUCCCCCUCCAAUUAUACCUUUUGAAUGAAUUCCAUAUAUUUUUUUUUUGUUGAAUAUAUGUUGAUUUUUUCUUGAAAAAAUCGAAGAGGAAGAGAAUAAUAAGUAAAAUUAAAUGGCGGAAGAGAAGCCGACCUCGAAGCCGGCGUUGCAGAGACCCCCGGGAUACCGCGACCCAGCGGCGGCGCCGCCGGGCGUACCGAGGCCGCCACCACGGCGGCAGCCGCUGCCACCGUCUUUCCGCCGCCCCGGAAAGCCGCUGCCUCGCCACCGCCGCCCCCGGCGCUCCUGCUGCUGCCGCAUUUGCUGCUGGGCCUCCGCGGUGGCCCUCGUCGCGGCCGCCCUCUUCGCGGUCGCCACAGCGCUCGCCUACCUCUGGUUCCAGCCGCACCUCCCCUCCUUCCGCCUCGCGUACCUCAAUGCCACCCAGCUCCGCGUUGCCGCAAGGCCCGACGGCACCUUCCUCGACGUGGCCACCCACGUCGGGAUCCUCGCCACGAACCCCAAUGGAAGGCUCGUCCUCGAGUACGGGGAUGGGGAGGCGCGGAUGGCGGUGGCGGACGACGACGGCGACGUUGCGGUGGGAACGGCGGCGAUCGCUGGGUUUGAGCAGGGGAGGAGGAACCGGACGCUGGUGCGGUUCGCGGCGGCGGUGAAGGGGGUGGCGGUAGACGAGGUGUCCGGGGCGAGGAUCCGGGCGGGGUUUCGAAGCAAGGAGGUACGAUUCUUGGUGGAAGUGAGGACGAGGUUGGGAGUCAGAGUAGGCGGUAAGAACACGGGGAAGGUGCCGAUCCGGGUGGGAUGCGGCCCGGUGAGCUUAAAGCAAGGGGUGAGUGGUGGUACACUGCCGAAAUGCCGGUUCUACUUUCUUAGAUGGAUUAAUCUACGUUGAGACGUUUCCGAGUUGUAUGCUUGAAGGAGAUGGCAUUAGCUGUUGCUGUAAAUUGAAUUCAUAUUUGUUUUCCGUUUGUAAGCAUGAUUAGUAAGGGAAUCAUCUUUGGGUUUGGCUUCAACCUCUCAAAUUCACAUCGAGCUCACACUGUAUCUUCAUAAAAAAGGUUUUCAUUUACACAAACGAUCACCGAAUACUUUCUGUAAGGGACACUUCGACUUAAUAGUGUGGAUCAAUUUGUGUUCUGAAUAAGAAGCUGCUGUAAUUUGUUUA